CUCAGUGGUUGCAACAUCAUACCCAAAGCUCUGCGUCCACAACCGCAGUCGCCUUUUACGCACCAGCGAGUGGAGAUUAGUGCUGGAGACCCGCUCUCCUAUUCGCAUACCGUCUCAUAUUAUUUCCUAAUAUUUGGACUUAUCUUUACUCAACAUUUCUUUUAUUUUUUUGGAGCUACUCACUCGCUUGGACUGGACUAUAACCCUGCGCGCAAACGUGGUGCGCAACGAAGAGAUGAGCAUUUUAUCCUGAAACUACAUAUUGCUAAAUGCUGCUCUAGAGUGAAGACGUGCGAGGCACCAGCCUACACAUGGAGUCCAGGGUUCCCCACCACAUCCCCGGAGUGUCCUCCUCCCUCAUAUCCCAGCCCCUGCUGGACAGUCGAGUGCCCUACGGCCGCCUGCAGCACCCCCUCACCAUCUACCCCAUCGAUCAGAUAAAGUCCUCGCAUGUGGAGAACGACUACAUCGACAGCCCAGCUGUCGUCUCCCAGCAGCCCCCGAGCCAGAAGUCUGUAAACCGAAGAAUCACCUGGCUUGGUCAGAAUCAGGAGGCUUUCCUGGGGGCAAACCACAACCAUCACCACAAUCACCAAAACCAGCACCACCAGCAAGGCAGGUGCGAACCCCACCCUCACCAGGACACCACCACCCACCCUUGGAUUUCCUUCAGCGGGAGGCCAAGCUCUAUCAGCAGCAGCAGCAGCACCUCAUCCGAUCAGAGGCUGCUGGACCAUGCUGCACCCACCCCAACAGUGGACCACCACCCAAACCUGCACCUCCACCAGGGCCCCUUACACACAGUCAAUACCCGAACUCCAGGCUGCCUCACUUCCUCUGAAUCUAAGGUCCUCACCUCCUCUUCCUCCGCUUCCUCCUGCUCCUCCUCCUCCAAAUCGCUGGACCUCAAGUCUGCUAAGAUGCCUGCAGGAGGCGUGUGCUCCACUGGUGGCCAGCAGGGGUUGGCGCUGAUCCCUUCCUCCCCAGCCGAGAAGAAGCACCUCCUUCUCUGCGAGCACUGUGGGAAGUGCCGCUGCACGGAGUGUACGCUCCCCAGAACCCUACCCUCUUGCUGGGUCUGCAACCAGGAGUGCCUGUGCUCUGCUCAGAGCCUGGUGGAUACAGCCACCUGCAUGUGCCUGGUCAAAGGGAUCUUCUACCACUGUACUGAGGAUGAGGAUGACGAGGGUUCCUGCGCCGACAAGCCCUGCUCGUGCUCCCAGGCCAACUGCUGCGCUCGCUGGUCCUUCAUGGCCGCCCUUUCCCUCGUCCUGCCUUGCCUCGUCUGCUAUCUGCCGGCCAUGGGCCUGGCCAAACUGGGACAGAAGUGUUACGACAAUGUAAGCAGGCCUGGCUGCCGCUGCAAGAACUUGCAGGGUGGCGUGAGCGUCCCCGUGUGUAAAAACGGAGGCGUGGAAGCGAAAGUUGGGACGCUAGAGAAGCAGCAGCAGGGGUCAUGAUACUGGACCAAACCGGCUGGCAGUGGCCUUACUAGAAAAACAAUGAACAGGACCACGCAGUACUUUCUCGCUCUCUAUGGAUAGGACAAUCCAACACCAACCCCUUAAACUACCCCAUUAAUCUGCUGGAAGAUGACUUAUGUAAAACAAAGGUACUUAAAUGGCUUUUUGACCUAUGUUUGAUAGGGUGGUGAACAUAACGGGCCCGAUCAGAGUUGGCUAGUAGAAAUAGCUAACAGGCCUUCUCUUUUUUUGUUAUUUUGUUUUUUUUUUCCGUUUGUUUUUUUUCUUGGUUUGUGAGAGUGACACAAGAAGAAGACACUAGAUUGUGGGACUGAUGCUUGUGUUGUUGUGCGAAGAUUGGCCCAAGGCACAAAGUCAUUGUACCUCUCUGCUGCUCUGUAUUUCUCAGCUAAUUUUGUAACGGUAACUAACCAGACGCUGGUUGCUGAUCCUUGGAUAACAUAGAAGUCAAAUGAUGGAGAGAAAUAUCUGUACAACCCCUACCACCACCACCACACCCCACGAACCCCCCACCCCCACCCCCCAAAAAAGCACAGCCCCAUGGUCCCCCUGUCUGAACAAACAUGUAAACAAGUGAUUACCUAUACUGUGGCUUUAUGAUAGGCCACUGCAAGAGUGAAACCACCACUUACUCGCUCACUCUCUCUGCUAUUAUGAUGAUCACCAUCUCUUAGUGUCACCAUUUUUCCUCUUAUACCUUAAGGAUGCUGGCUUGGUAUUGCUAACAUUUUAUCUAAGUUUUUAUCUCCACGAAGGAGCUGUAAAAACAAAUCUUUUUGAAAAUUUAAAAAUAAUAAUAAUUUCCCAUAAUUCUCACCCAGGUGUACUACUGCAAGUGAGAGAUAACCACUUUACAGUGUGUUUCCUAUUUUUGGGGGAUGAAGCCUAAACUUUCUAGAAGAUUUUGAAUGCCGUUCACCAAUCACCACAGAGGUAAUGCAUGUCAUGACCUGCAUGCUCUAGUGUAAUGGUUACCCACCGUGCUAGAAGUCGAUGUGUCGUAGAGAAAUGUGUAAAAAAAAAAAAAAAAAAAAAAAAAGUACACCCAACCUUCUCAGGGACUGUUACAGAAAUCCUCUCUAGAACUUGGCCUACAGCAUGUCGAUUUCUAAACUGCCUAAGAGCCUGGUCUACUUCCUCUUUGCACAAGAAGGCAAAGAAACAUUUAGGGGCCAAAAGGCAAUAGUGAAUAAUUUAAAACUAAGUAAGCUAAGUGAGAGACAAACUGGCCAGAAAAUAAUGUUUCCGGAGGAGAGAGGGGGACGCAAGUGAUAGAGAGCGAAGAAGGGGGAGAGAAGGCAUAGCAAAGUUGUUGUUGUUGUGUUUGUGUCUAGUCAGCCUUUGUCAGAAAUCAAAACCUGCCACUUGCACAACCUUUUUAGGACGAGGCAAACCCCUUAAAGGAUGUACUAAAGCACAGUAUUAACCACCUCAGCUAUCUCACAUUACAUUGGCGUGCACUACAUUUAGCCCACCCCACCACCCACCCGCCCCUCUACACACACACACACACACACACACACACACGCAGUGUCUUCAUUAAAUUCUAAUCAUUAUGCUGCAUAGCUGCGUUAGUCAGAUAGUCUACCUUUUAUUCUGAAAGUCUAUUUUUGUGGCUUGCAUGACAUUCUUAGGACUUUGCCAAAGGAAGCUAGCAUACAGUAGCAUGUUUUCGCUGUCUGAGUGAUCACAGUUGUUACGCACUCUUGCCAAAUGGAGUUGACGGCAGUUGGUUCUUAAAGGCAUGCUGCCCUUUAAUACAGAUGGCCUUUUCUGUUUGGCAUAAAGGCAUACUGUCUUUAUUGCUCUGUAACACAAACCUCUCUUUCAUGUUGGACCCUUAACUUCAAUUAGGGCGCCUAACUUUGCUCACACCUGUAUUUGUCUUUUGCACAAAACCGAUAUCACACAGGAAAAAAAAAAAAAGGAAAGGAAAAGAAAACACACACACACACACACACACACACACACACUGUCCUUAGUCUUGAAUGUAUGCGGCAAUAUUUUCAAAACCUAGCAAUUCAGUCUGAGAGAAAGGUGCCAAAACUGAGAAUGAUUGUGUGACUGGGCAAAGACCUAGUGCGUGUAGGUGGGCAGCAAAAAUCACAAAUGUUUUGACAAUAUAUUUAGUAAUAGAGCUAUGCAGGUGAAAUGUUAUUUGCUGUAAAUAGUUUCACAACAUUUGUGUUCUUUAGAAGAGACUUUUAAAUGUCCUUGAAAGAUUGCAUGGUACAUUAUAACUACAAUUCAGUACAAAAUAUAUAGAGAAUAUAUUAGAUAUAUAUUUUGAGGGUUUUUGAGGUUGUGAGAAAAAGAAAAGAGAGGGACGGUGGCGAGAGGAAGGUUUGGGAAAGGGUAACAAAAAUGACAGGUCUUUCGAUCACUAGCACUUGAUUUAGAAAAGUGUGCCCGGCAAUAAAAAAAAAAAGAAAAGGAAAAAAAAAAAAACUCCUGCUGUUUAUGCUAUCCAUGGCUCAUUAGCAGUCGAGAGGCUAAGCUAAUUCCCUGGUUCCUCUCCGAGUCCUAAAGACUGUGGACUCAUUGAAUCCGCACAGGGAACACAAUCUACCCCUAUCCGGAUCAACCCAUUUCCUGCUGUUACUGCUCAGUGUCUCAGCUCUCUCCCCUCUUUUUUUCUCUUUCUUGCCCCCCACCCCCAACCCCCUUCCUCUUCUUCCCCCCCUUCCUCCCUGAGAAAUUGUCCAACAAACACCCCUGGCCUUGAUUGACAAACACAGCUGCUGUGCAUAAACUUGUCAUACCACAGAGACGAGAGAGAAAGACAAGUCUGUCUCUCUUUUUCCUCCCUUUCUCGCUGUUUUCCGCCUGUCUUUGUCUCUCUCUCUCUCUCUCUCUCUCUCUCUCUCUCUCUCUCUCUCUCUCUCUCUCUCUCUCUCUCUAGCUGUGUUCAGUGCCAUCUUUUUAACCAGUGGACCUCUUUUUUCGACAGUUGUUGCCUUUCUUUUCUGUAACUCCUCAGCUCUGUCACAUUAGCUUUAUACUUCUACAUGUGCUCGCUAGCCUGUUCAAGGUGUGGAAUAAUCACCCACAACGACAACUCAAUGACUAAAACCUUUUCCUACUUUUCUUUUUUUUUUUUUUUCUCCCCCCUUUGCUACAAUGCUGUGAUUUUUACACACUCAUACCCCUUCGUGUCGCUCGUUUGCGGGCACAGAUUUCUUUUUUUUAUUAUUAUUAUUUUCAACCCAAACAAGAGGAAAAGUCUCAUACAGCUGGGUGAUGCUACUCCAUUCCUUUAUGCCUUUGCAAUGUCAGUGUUGGGGAUUAAGAAACGAGAUCUGUGCUUUUGUUUUAUUUAGAUAUAACAAAAAGGAAAAAAAAUCUCUCAUAUAAAAGGUUCCCUUUAUAGAUAUAUUUAUUUUGAAGUUCUAUUUUAUAUAGUAUUUAUUUAGAUGCCAACCUUUUGUUUGUGAAGAAAGCUUAUGUCGAAACGGAAUGUACAUUGACAAUGGAAAUAUAUAUUGUUAAAUAUA